UUACUAUAUAGCAUUGGUUUCAGAGGGGCUGCUAAGGGAAGCACAAUGAAGAAAGCUGUAGCAGUGCUACUUAUUGUUAUGAUUGAGGUGGCAACCAGCAUGCCAGUGUUAAUGGCGUGGAAUCCUGUUCCUCAACCUCCUCCAGCUCCAGUUCCAGCAAAAUGCCCACUUGAUGCUCUGGAGCUGGGGGCCUGUGUUGAAGUGCUUAGUGGCCUUGUGCACAUAGGCAUUGGAGACCCAAUUGUAAACCAGUGCUGCCCAGUGAUUGAAGGAGUUUUGGCAUUGGAGGCAGCCCUGUGUUUGUGUACAGCAAUCAGGGCUAGGCUCCUCAACCUCAAUAUACUUGUUCCACUAGCACUGCAGCUUAUUGCUUCUUGUGGAAUGACUCCUCCUCCCGGCUUCACAUGCCCUGCUUCUUAGUGUCUGAACUAUUCAAUGAUUUCCUCUAUAAGUGCUACUUAUUAUAACUAUGUUUGAGUAAAUAAGCAGAAGUUAAUGGCUGUUGCCUACAUCUGCCACAGAAUGUUGACUUCAUAUAGCGGAGAUCAGUCCCUGCUUUCCAUCUUAAUCUGAAGUUAGCUGGAUAAAUAAUAUAUAUG